GCAAGGUGCAUCUGGGAGAGGAACUGAGAUGAUGCGUUCUUUCUCUGUGUGGUGCAGAAAGGCACUUACUUGACUUCCAUUUCUGUCAUUUGUGGGCCACGUGGAAUGCAUUAAAAUGAUGCUUGUUUGCUGUGCCCCAGGGAAGCUGUAAAACACCAUGCAAAUCAAGUUGCAGCUUCUCUGGUUUGACCAUAGAGCUUAUGGGUAAAUGGGGCAUGGGUUCUGCCCUGGGAGCCUGACCUCACAUUGAUGGAGGGGGCUUUAACAGCCUGGGAAGCCUGGCUUCAGUUCAGUCAGGUUUCGUUUGAGUGGUUCCUCUGAUGUGCUACAGUUUUACUGCCUGGCUGCAGUCCUGCUGUCUGACUUCAGAGGUUUGCUGGUUGGUUGGUUGCUGCUGGCUCGAGGCAAUUGUGCAGCUGCUUUUCUCAUUGGGUCAGUUUAAGAUGAAGAUAAAUAAUAAGGUAACCCAGGACAUCCUUUUUAACCAAUGACUGAGUUUCUGGGGGCUAAUGACCCUAGCGUUAUGAGGUUGCUGCAUUAUUAAUGUAAUUUGGAAGAUGAAUAAUAGACGUAAAGAAAUGAAUGUAAAGUUUUUGACCCAUUAUCCACAGUAUGUUGGGCUCCUUGGUCCCAUCUAGCACUCGUUUUGAAUUCUGUAUUUCUCCAGGGAGGAGCUGGAGGUGUGGUGAAAGCCUUGGAUGAUGUUUAAAUACUACCAUGUUUCAAGGACAGCAAAUUUAACUGUGGCCUUUGAAUUCCUGUGGGGUUGCUGGGGUAGUAAUUCUGCUUGGUGCCCUGUGAUGAUGUGUUUCACCUAGCAGCUGGCUCCGAGCUGCGUCCUGCCUUGAAGGGUGAUCAGAUAAUGGAGGGGUAAAGGCACCGGGAAAACAAAGUAACCAGCAGUUACACCCAGGAGUGGUUUUCCCCUGAGAACAGUGCUACGGAGAAGGGCUCUAUUACAGUACUCCGGAAAAAGUGUGCAAGGCUGUGUGUGCUGCACGGCCAUUGUCCUUAGCCGUGGCUCUGUGCCUGAUCUGAUCAGAUCGCUGCAUGUAACAUAGAGGAAAACAGAGAACCUUGACCCAACAGUUUCACUUGAAUAUUAAACGCUGCUGGUACUUUGCCAUGCCUCAUGGGCAGCAUAUGACUUUGGAAGUGGCAGAGUAUUAAGAGCUAAAGCGGAUCCCAACAAGAAGAGCAAAGUCCACGUUGGUACAGCUUACAGUGGGAACCUGCAGGCUUGCAAGCCCUGGGGGCUAAUGUGAAACUGAGGUUUUUCUCAGGCAUCAGGAAUGUCUUCUGAGCCUGCUGCAUCUGCCUCGGAGCAGUCCCCCUCCUCCCUGCACUCACCCAGUUCUCUUCAUCUGCCUGAAAACCGCAGGACGAGAGAUCGCUCCCCGUCUCCCAUGAGGGGGUACCUCAUCCCCAGCCCGCUGCCCACACGGCGCACCAGGACGUAUUCAGCAACUGUGAGAGCAUCAGAGGGUCCCAUCUACAAAGGCGUCUGUAAAUGUUUCUGUCGCUCCAAAGGCCAUGGCUUCAUUUCCCCUGCAGAUGGAGGGCCUGACAUCUUUGUACACAUUUCUGACAUCGAAGGCGAGUACGUUCCUGUGUCAGGGGACGAGGUCACCUACAAGGUGUGCACCAUCCCACCGAAGAACGAGAAGCUCCAGGCCGUGGAGGUGGUCAUUACCCACCUCGCCCCAGGAACCAAGCACGAGACCUGGUCGGGGCACGUCAUCAGCUCCUGAGGGCGCCCAGGGGACGCUGUCUGCGUGGGUCACUGCUCGAUGCCUCCAUCAGGGAACCUGACCUAAGAAUAGUCCACAAAUGGUGCGGGAGGAAACACUGCAUUGUCAAUAAAAGCAGAAGUAGGCCAAAAUUACCAUUUUUACAGUAGGGCCUGAUUUAACAAAGGAGAAAAAAAAAAAAAAGGCAAUCCAGAUGCUAAUGAAAUGAAAAAAUAUGUCUCUAUUAAUGUGUUUACAAAAAUGUAUUUUAAAGAGAUCUAGUUUGUGUGCUUUGAGGGGGUGGAUUUUUUUUUUCCUUUAUUUUGAACCAAUUCCAGUCCCUCAGGGGACUCAGGGCCUUGAAGGAGAGCCCUCGCAGCACAGCCAGCUAUAGCAGAUGCACAGGUGCAAGGCCCCACGGGUGCAUGAACACUGUGGUUCCUUGAGCUGUGCUUCUGCGGGUGUCACAGUGCACUUACUGCUGGUAGCAGUGCCUCACUGCCUUGACGUGAGAGUGAGCAAACUGCUUCUUGCUGCAAUUUGUUUUCCUUGUGGAAGAAAGCUCGCAAACAGAGCAGCUGCUGCACAGUGGAAAAUCUCCAUCUGGUGGUUAUGCUCUGAUGGCCUUCAGGUGCAGCAUUUGCAAACAUGUCUGUGUAUGUGUGGAAUAUUGUGUGUUUUUUUUUUCUAAAAAAGCCUGGAUUGUUUGUGAAUUUACUUUGGUGCCUUGAUGGUUGAUUAGCAACAGAUUUUAUAGGCCAGUAUUACUUAAAAAACAACAACAAAAAAAAACAACCCAAAAACCCAAGAACUUAAAAAUUGCUUCAAGGUAAGUGGUAGAAAGCUGUAGAAUAGCUUCAUAGCCUCUGGUUGUGUCUGAAUUGAGACACAUCUGACGAUUACCUUCACGACUGCGUAUAGCUGAUAAAUGUCUGCUGUGGUGUUUCACUGACAGGCAGGCAAAGUAACUUCUGAAAAGGAGGUUUCGUGCUGUUCAGCUCACCGUAUACUGAAGUGCUUUGUGAGUUACUAGGCUCACCUCUCUGGGUGCAGUAGAUUCUGCAGCUGUGUUUUUCAGAAGACUUUCUUGGUAGGGUGUGCUCUGGCCGCCCUUGCCCCAGCUCUCUCAUCUGCCUGCAAGACUGCGUAUAGUUGAAGUAACGUGACUAUACUCUUCCCAUUUGCCAUCCAUUCCUUUUUUCAAAUGAAGCAUUUUUUCUCUUUUCUUUCCUAGCAGUGAAUUUUUAUUGACUUUGCACUUAAAAAAAAAAAAAAAGAAUAAAAAUAGGAAAAGAUUGCACGAUACUCUCCUGUUAGCUACGUGAUGCGCUGUAACUUCAGUUGCCUGUUUGCAGUUUUUACAAGAGGCGCUUGCUGUCAUGAAAUGUCUCAGGACUCUUUCACAGCAGAGAUCUGUUCCAAGGUCUGACCUGGGGAGAGCUCAGCUGUAUGGAGGUCAGUAACUGCUGUGAUGGCUUGUUUUACUUUGAGCUGUAUUACACUAUAGUGUACUGUAAUGACCAGCCUGCAGUGGCUUUUUGUUUUUAACCACGACUAAGUAAUGGUGGGUUGAACACUAUCUAGCUUGUGGAGUAUCACAUAUUGCUUUCUUUACAAUAAAUGCAGCUGUUAUAAUGCUGUAA